CCCGAGACAAGCACGCCACCGUCCAAGUCUUGUCUCUCGAGCCGCCAUCAUGGCGCCCCCCAAGGACACCAUGUUCCGCUCCGCGGACAUGUCCCUGACCCAGCUUUACAUCGCCAACGAGAUUGGCCACGAGGUUGUCUCGGCCCUUGGAGAGCUUGGGGUCAUGGAUUUCAGAGAUCUCAACUCGGAGACGACAGCCUUCCAACGCACCUUCACCCAGGAGAUCCGCCGCCUCGACAACGUAGAGCGACAGCUCCGAUACUUUCGCAGCCAGAUGGAGAAGUCGAGCAUUCCGAUGCGCUCCAUCUACGACUUCAACAACCCCUUCACGGCGCCCUCUGCUUCGGAGAUUGAUGAACUCGCAGACAAGAGCCAGAGCUUGGAACAGAGAAUCUCAUCGCUGAAUGAGAGUUACGAGACGCUGAAGAAACGCGAGGUGGAGCUUACCGAGUGGCGCUGGGUGCUGAGAGAGGCGGGCGGCUUCUUCGACAGGGCGCGCGGCCAGACCGAGGAAAUUAGGCAUUCUGUCGAUGGAGACGAUGCGCCACUACUCCAGGAUGUUGAGCAGAAUGGACACGGCGAUGCGGGUGCUGAGCGCUCCUUCACCGUCAUGAACAUUGGCUUCGUUGCCGGUGUCAUCCCUCGCGAACGCAUCGCCGCCUUUGAGCGCAUCCUGUGGCGUACCCUUCGCGGUAACCUGUACAUGAACCAGUCGGAAAUCCCCGAGCCCAUCAUCAACCCCGAGAACAAUGAGGAGACAAGCAAGAACGUCUUCAUCAUCUUUGCCCACGGCAAGGAAAUUAUCGCGAAGAUUCGCAAGAUCUCGGAAUCGCUGGGUGCCGAUCUGUACAGCGUCGACGAGAACAGCGAGCUCCGUCGCGAUCAGAUCCGCGAGGUCAACACGCGCUUGAGCGACCUGGCCAGCGUCUUGAAGAACACCAAGUCUACGCUGGACGCAGAGUUGACUGCGAUUGGACGCAACCUCGCCGCAUGGAUGGUUGUUAUCAAGAAAGAGAAGGCUACGUAUGAGACACUGAACAAGUUCUCAUACGAUCAUCAGCGCAAGACGCUCAUUGCCGAGGCCUGGGCACCCACCAACUCGCUCGGCUUGAUCAAGUCGACCUUGUCCGAUGUCAACGAGCGCGCUGGUCUCUCUGUACCAACCAUUGUGAACCAGAUCAAGACGUCCAAGACACCACCCACGUACUUCAAGUCAAACAGGUUCACGAUUGGCUUCCAGACCAUCAUCGACGCGUACGGAACUAUCAAGUACCGCGAAGUCAACCCUGCUCUGCCCGCCAUUGUCACGUUCCCAUUCAUGUUCGCCGUCAUGUUUGGUGAUGCUGGACACGGUGUUAUUCUUCUUCUGGCAGCCUGCGCCAUGAUUCACUUUGAAAAGCGACUUGAGCGCAGCAAGCUGGACGAGCUCUUUUCGAUGAUGUUCUACGGUCGUUACAUUGUUUUCAUGAUGGGUCUUUUCUCCAUCUACACGGGUCUCCUCUACUGCGACGCUUUCUCUCUUGGUCUGCCCUGGUUCAAGUCGAUGUGGGUAUGGGACAACAACGGCAAGGGCCCGACAGCUACCCGUGUUGAGGGCUACACGUAUCCGUUUGGUCUGGAUUACCGCUGGCACGAUACGGAGAACGACCUGUUGUUCUCGAACAGCUACAAGAUGAAGCUCAGUAUCCUGCUCGGUUGGUGCCAUAUGACCUUCUCGCUCAUGUGGUCGCUGGUCAACGCGCGCUACUUCAAGACCAAGAUUGACAUCUGGGGCAACUUUGUGCCUGGCAUGAUCUUUUUCCAGUCCAUCUUUGGUUAUCUCGCGUUUACCAUUGUGUACAAGUGGUGCAUUGACUGGAACGCGCGCGGCGAGAGCCCACCCAGUCUGCUGAACAUGCUGAUCUACAUGUUCCUGAGCCCCGGCACGCUUGAGGCUGGUACCAAGCCGCUCUACCCUGGCCAGGCUACGAUCCAGGUCAUCCUCCUGCUCAUGGCUCUUGCGUGCGUCCCUAUCCUGCUGUUCUUGAAGCCGUUCUACCUUCGCUAUGAGCACAACAAGGCGCGCGCACUGGGAUACCGUGGCAUUGGUGAGAGCACUCGUGUCAGCGCUCUGGAUGACGACGACGAGGAAGACGGGCGCCCUCUCAAUGGUGGCCGUGAGAGUUUUGGAGAUGACGAGGAUGGCAUUGCCAUGAUUACACAAGACAUUGGUCACGGCGAGGAGCACGAAGAGUUUGAAUUUAGUGAAGUCAUGAUCCACCAGGUCAUUCACACGAUUGAAUUCUGUCUCAACUGCGUUUCCCACACGGCUUCGUAUCUGCGUCUUUGGGCCUUGUCGCUCGCCCAUCAGCGUCUCUCGAUUGUGCUGUGGGAGAUGACGAUGAAGAAUGCGUUUGCCUUUACGGGCGUUGCUGGUGCCUUUGUCAUGGUCUUUGUCUUCUACUUCUGGUUCGCACUCACGGUUGCUGUGUUGUGUGUCAUGGAGGGCACGAGUGCCAUGUUGCACUCUCUGCGUCUGCACUGGGUCGAAGCCAUGAGCAAGCACUUUAUCGGUGAUGGUGUGCCGUUUGAGCCGUUUAGCUUCAAGGUGUUGCUGGAGGAGGAUCCUGUAGAGUAGGUUGUCCUUGUUAUCUUGUUGCGGUGGCGCCUUGUUUUUUCAAUGGUGUUUAUUGUUUCCCUUUGUCAAAUAAUGCGUAUGUAUAGGCGUGUGCAUGUAGGACUAUGAAAGAUUG